UUCAUCGCAUCUCCAACUCCCAAAAGCACACAUACUUCAACCGUCCUCGCCAUGGCGCCUGUGGAUCGCCACGAGCGGAGACAACAGCGCGUACGCGGCGCUGGCCCGUCUGCAGUACAAGCAAACUUUGGAUUCAAUCUCGCUGCUUUCGCGCCUAAAGUCAAACAAGCUCCAGCGCCGCCACAAUCGUUGCGUCGAACACGAACCCCCACACCGUCGCGCAAAACGCCCGGCAGCUCUAAAGCCUCCGCAAAGUCUACAAGACGGCAUAGAAGUGUCUCUAUUCCACGAAGCAGCAGUGUCCGACGCAGCGUGACACCUAGAAACCGAACAGUCACCCCGCGCACAAGCAACAGGAAGCGCGGCUCUCAGUCUGCGCCGUUGGACGGAGAUGAUGGUGAGCUGGACGAGCUGAGUCCGGAGCACGGCAUAGAAUUCCCUUCGGUGGAAAAGAGUAGAAGAGUGGCCGCGGCUGUUUCAACGAUACGAGAGGAGCCCGACGAUGCGCCCGACGAGCUUUCGAUUUUGGACGAUAGCGUUGGAAGCGCGCGCAAAUCCAUAAGAGACCCGUCGGUCGCGUCAGGGGGGACGCCAGGGUCAGUUUCGAGGAUUCCGCGAUCACCGGUCCAAGACAAACCAGAAAAGACGCCUAUCGCGGAGAGGGUCGGGAACAUGUCUAUUACUAUGCGCAAGUCUCUCGCGCGCAGGUCCAAGUCGUCAGAGCUGCAAGUCACACCCAAAACGCUACCGAAUGGCGGCCCGCGCCUGUCGACCGCGUCUCAUUUCGACGAGUCGUUUAACACACCAAACGGCGGCCCCGAAGAUGAAAGUGAAGACGAACUUACACCCCGACCAAAGGAGAAUGCAACCCCUCGAAGCGUAGUGUCUGUGACUACGGUUGAUACUGCAGAGCAAGACAAUGGAGAGGCGGACGAGCUAUCCUCACCCUCCCAGCCAGACAAAUCACCGAGUCAACCUCUCGAUCGAACAGAAAAACUCUCGAGGCAGACCACAGUGGAAAGCCCUGUUCAACAACCAGAGUCUGCACCUACGCGGAAGCGAGGAAGACCGCGGAAGGUAGUGUCAGGGUCCGAGGAUGAUGCGCAGGUAAUACCUGCUGUUGGAAAUCAACCUGCACAUCAUCAAUCCGAUCUCAACAACAAGAUACGGGCGGAUCCAGAUGAUAAUGACGUGCCCGACGAACUUUCCCCAGCAAAUCGUACAAGGGACAAACCUCGUACCGUUCCAACAAUACCGGAGAGACCCCAACCCACGAAGAAGAAUAACAAGCCAGAACCGAAUCAACCCAUCGACAUCCCAUCCGGCUCCGAAGACUCAGACGAUUUCGAUCCAGACGACCAGCCGGACGAAGAAGAAUACGGCCAACGAACCCGUCCCACAUUACCUUCAAAACCCACAUCACAACCCUCGAAAGCCAAACCAACCUCCUCGCCCCCCCGCAAACGCCAAAAGACCGUUCACGAAAAAGAUGGCAACACCGCCCCAAAACAAACAAUCUCCGUAAUGCGCCUUAAGCAACCCCCAUCCAACAAAUCCAGGAAAAUUAAACCCCUUCCAACCGUCCGCGGCAUCUCAGCAGCAGAUAUAACGCACGCCCUCCUCACCCAAACAAUCGACACCCGCAUAUCCCGCCUCGCCGCAAAAUUAAACUCUCUCUCUUCUUCCUCUUCUUCGUCAGAAAUACUGUCGAGCCACAAAAAAACCCUCCGCACACAAAUAAACACCGCAUUAUCCUACACCGAGACCCUGGCAGAGAAAUUUCUGGAUCUACGAGACGCAAACGACGUCCUUUCCACCUUGGUCUCGCGCCGCAAGGCGCUACGGACGCAGAACGCGUCGCUGCGGUCUGAUUUCUUGGGUCUUCAGAACCAGAGAGAGGAAAUAGCCCUACAAGUCGAUGAUGUAAGCCUGGAAUUUGAAAGUCGGAAGGAAGAAGGAGAGAGGAAAGACGGGAUUAGUAAGCGGUUGUGGGAUAUCCAGGGUGCUAUUAGAUUGGGUAAGGAGAAGGCAAGGGAGGAGGGGAGAGAAGGGGAGGGUGCGAGGUGGGAUUUGGGGAUGUGGGUUAGGGAUUUGGUUGCGGGUGGUGGAUUGGUCGGGGGAGAUGAGGAUGGUGGUGUAGGGAUAUUGGAGAGGUUGAAGAAGUUUAAUGGGGGGUUGGAGAGGGCUGCUGGGUGGCUUGAAAACAGCGGUGCUGGGGAUGGACAACGGGUAUAA